ACAGCAGGGGGCGGGGCUAGGGCCGAGGCGGGCUGUUAUUGGGCGACCCGACUGUCCGUCAUCCCGCCCCGCCUGUUUACUGUCGCCAUGGAGACCGCGGCCCCGGCAACGCGGGGAACAACGGGACCGGGCGGGGAUAUUAAAGAUUAACAAGAUAACAGAAUGGAUUUCACCUUUUCUGUUAACCAACUGCAAGCUUUGUCAAACCUACUUACGCACCCAGAACAAGAGGAAGGGGAGCUGGAAGAACGGCCUGAUGGAGGAGCCAUUGCUCUGCAGCCCGGCCAUAUUGGACCUCCAAAACGAUCGAACCACACAGCAGAUUGCAGCAUUGUUGAGCCCACAGAUGUUAAAACAAUCUGGGUUGAGGAUGAUGUGCCUGAGGGGUCAGAGUAUGAAGACAUUUGGGAUACAAGACAACAGCCUGAGUAUGAAGUUCUGUUCAAACAGAGAGUUGGCACAGAGGAUGUGUUUCUAGGCAUGAGCAGAAAGGAUGGAUCGACAGCCUGUUGUGAAGACAUGGUGAUAAGAAUCAAUCUGCCCGGCUGCAAGUCAGCAGACCUGACUCUGGACGUCAAAGAGCGAUUUCUGGGCCUUCGCUCAUCUGUCUACAAGCUGGGUUUACACCUGCCCCAUCCUGUGGACAGCAAGAAUGGAAAGGCUGAGUUCCACGCUGACACUCACACGCUGCAAGUCACACUGACAAUGAAGAGAGACUUUGACUUCAUUAAUUUUGCUUGAGCAGACAGAAGGAAUGGGAGAUUUGGUCAGGGGCAGACCAAGAUAAAUUCAAGCAGGAACAAACAUUACUCUGGACUAUUGUCCUGUAUUUACACUGUGUUCUUAGCACAGGCAAUUUUAUGUACAUAUAUAGCUCAAUCAUCCAGAAAAGUGGGAUUUCACUAAGUACCACCAUGAUUCUAUACAACAAAGCUAAACCUGCCUCCAGGCCACAUCUGCAUAAUCUCACUCCCACAGCUCUUGACAGCAGCAGCACAGAUGGAGGCACUAAAGUAUAAUAUUCUGAGCAUUAUUGUUGUUUAUUAUUGUAUAUUAUCUUUGAUUUGUUCUGAAAAUGGAAGUGAGGAAGAUGAUCCACAAUAAUUGUAAUCUCAUCUUCUUUAUAAUAUUUGGUGCAUGUUAAACCAUAAAGCCCUUUCUGUAACUCUGACUAUGCCCGGCAGAUAAGCUGAUACAAGACAGGAAAUCGAGCACAGAUCACUGACUCCCCGUCAAAUACGCACCAUGGACAUCUCUCAUCUGGCCAUUCUUUGGUGAUGUGUAGUUGAUAGAGCACACUACAGGUUGCCCUCUUUAUUCCCGCCUUGUGCCAGGGUAAUAUCCUGUUGACAUAUUGUGUUCUUCCUUUCUACUGGAUAAAUACCUCAAAGUUCCCCAUGUGCACUGGCAGCCGUUCAACUCAGGUCAUUAAUAUUCUACCCCAGUACCUAUCCAUUUUAGUGCUUGCUCCUCUAUAGUUUCUGAAACUUGCUGUGGAAACAAACCUUCUGCAGAAUUUGUACUGUUUAUUUCUUUCAAUCUGAAACGGUUUAGAUCUGUUAUUUUAAUAUAUUUUUCCUAUUAAUCUUUCUGGUGUAAACUGAGGAAAAGUGGGAAUUAAAUGUGUCUGAGGUUCCCUUGUGGCUCAA